AUCCGCCUGUAAUGGUGGUCUGUGGUUCACUGGAGUGUGAAUCUCUCAGGAAAUUAAAUAAUUUUAAAUCCUACUUUACAUCCAAAAAGUGCACCUUAUUGUUAGUAGCUGAAAUCAAACAAACCCUCACUCUUUCAGUGGGCUAAGGGUCAGUGGUGGGGGAGUCAGUGCGUCUGCUUUCUGACGUCUUUACGUCCCGCAUACCCGGGCGGGGACGUGGAAGCAACAAUGGGAGAAGUUAGUAAAGCGCAGAACUCCAGGACAUGGCUCUCUGUGAUUUGGCAAAUCUGCAACGUUUUCAUGUCGUUAUUCUUCGCUCUUGCCACAUAUGUACAGAUCAAUGACCCAGACGCAGGGCUGUGGAUGGCUGGGUAUGGGGUUCCUGCGGUGCUGUGUGCAUUUAUUGGCUUGAAACCGCACGUGACAGAGACUUUACCCUGGAGGCGAGUGUCUGACCUCCAUGUGAUGAUCUCCUCUGCUGUUGUCGCCAUGUUGGGAUGGACUCUUUAUAAAGAGCGGGUCACACAGAUCUUCCAGCAGGAGGAGGGCAGAGAAUUUUCUGGUCUCAUGUUGACGCUUGUUUGGCUUCUCCUGUGUCGCCACUCUGGAAGGGCUCCGGUCGGGAUGCUCAGAGUCUCCACAGCCGUCGCCAUCACCGUCUUUCCCUUCGUUUCCUGGCUGUAUUAUUACGUCAAUAAGGAGCUGAGAUCAAACUGGCCUUCACACUGUAAAACUGCUAUUUAGACAGAAUUUUCAGCUGAUUAAAUGUUAAUGUUGUAAUGACUGAAAAUCCUGGAUCAAGUCUGCUGCUUACUUAAACAUUUUGUAUAAUCUUUAUACAUAAAUGGAUGUUUAAUGGAUGUUAUUGAUUUUUACAUUUACUCUGAUAUUUCUCUUUCAAAUGAAGUGAACUGUGUAAAUAUAAUAAUAAAUUAAAAAAAGUGAAUCAAGCUCGAA